CGCUAGCUGAGGAAACAAACCUGCCCUUUCUCCCCCAGCUUCCCAGCUUCCCUGAGGUGCCAGGUGAUGAUCUGCAAAAGCAUUGUCUGGCCCUCAGGGCUUGACAGUUAAUGAUUUGUCGCACGAGCCGGGCGGAGGAGCGCGGGGACGCGAGCGAGCAGGCGAGCCAGUACAGCAGGAGAGCAAGGCAAGGCGCGGGCUGAGUCCUCGCCGUCCUCCCAGGCGCCGCCUCCUGUCUUCCGGGCCGGGGCACUUCGCGGGGUUCCGGGCACGCGAGGCUCACAGGGACCCCAUGGAGGCCGAGUCGCCGGCGAGCGAAGGGGUCGCGGAGCCCCAGGCGCUGGGCACCGUGGGCUCGAUCGGCAGCCUGCUGAGCAGGAUCCGAGGCAAACUCUUCACCUGGGAUAUUUUGAAGACCAUAGCUCUGGGCCAGAUGCUGUCCUUGUGUAUAUGUGGCACAGCCAUCACCAGCCAGUACUUGGCGGAAAAGUACAGAGUGAACACGCCCAUGCUUCAGAGCUUCAUCAACUACUGCCUGCUGUUCCUGGUCUACACGGUGAUUCUGGCAUUUCGAUCUGGCAGUGAUAACCUUUUAGAGAUUUUAAGAAGAAAAUGGUGGAAAUACACUCUCCUGGGGCUUGCCGAUGUGGAAGCCAAUUAUCUGAUUGUCAGAGCAUACCAGUACACAACUCUGACCAGUGUCCAGCUCUUGGAUUGCUUUGGGAUUCCUGUGCUGAUGGCUCUCUCCUGGUUCAUUCUCCGGGCAAGAUACAAAGUGAUCCACUUCAUUGCCGUGUUUGUCUGUCUGCUGGGUGUAGGGACCAUGGUUGGUGCAGAUAUAUUAGCAGGGAGAGAAGAUAAUUCAGGGAGUGAUGUUCUGAUUGGUGACAUCUUGGUCCUGCUUGGGGCUUCCCUGUAUGCUGUGUCUAAUGUGUGUGAAGAGUACAUCGUGAAGAAGCUGAGCAGACAGGAGUUUUUAGGAAUGGUGGGCCUAUUUGGAACAAUUAUCAGCGGCAUACAGCUAUUGAUUGUGGAAUAUAAGGACAUUGCCAGGAUUCACUGGGACUGGAAAAUUGCCCUGCUGUUUGUGGCGUUUGCCCUCUGCAUGUUUUGCUUGUACAGCUUCAUGCCGUUGGUGAUUAAGGUCACCAGUGCCACUUCUGUCAACCUGGGCAUCCUGACCGCUGACCUCUACAGCCUUUUCUUUGGCCUUUUUCUGUUCGAGUAUAAGUUUUCAGGGCUCUACAUCCUGUCAUUCACGGUCAUCAUGGUAGGCUUCAUCUUGUACUGCUCCACCCCGACACGCACGGCAGAGCCAGCAGAAAGCAGCGUGCCCCCUGUCACCAGCAUCGGGAUCGACAACUUGGGACUGAAGCUGGAGGAGAGCGGUCUCUCAGAGAACCACUCUGCAGUCUUGUAGUUGGGCAAGCCACAGAUUACCAUGUGGCACCAGGAGAGAGCGAGCAGAGCCUGCCACUGCCAAGGACGUAUCUGAGGAGACAUCAGCCCCAGAGUGAACACCCUCUGCAUCGGAUUGCACCCACGGUUAGAUUUUAGAAAGGAACACUGAGCAACGGUUCCAAACUAGAAAUACAAAAACAGAGCAGAGCCCAAGGGUAGUGUUUGUGUGCAUUGAGUGCCAGUACCUGUCAGUGUCAGAGAGACAUGUGCAGGCCCCUUGCUGGGGUCAGGGACACAUGUAGGAAGGGAAGGAGGGAUGGGGGACCUAGCCUCAGGGCUGUUCAGGUAGUUAGGAGUUGAGACAGUCUGGGAUGGUUGUGCAAUAAGAUUCCUCUGUUGGGGGUUGGGGAUUUAGCUCAGUGGUAGAGCACUUGUCUAGCAAGCGCAAGGCCCUGGGUUUGGUCCUCAGCUCUGGAAAAAAAAAA